AUGGAAUCGGCACCAAGAAAACGUGGUCGACCCCGAGUAGUUAAAAUGGAGAAACGCAGCCCAGAACCUGAAGAUUUAGAAGCAAUAUUACAAGGAAUAGAUGAUGAGGCUAUUGAGGAUUAUGAUUACAUUCCAAAUGGUGUAGACUAUGAAGUUAUCAAAAAUAAAAAAAAUAUCAACAAUAAUGAAGAUGUGUAUGACUUUGAUGUAGAAAAGGAAGAUGGGCCUGGCAUAAUAAAAGCGGAAAUAGUUCCUGAACCCGAUACACAAGAACAUGCUUGUGAUAUAUGUCCUAGGACAUUCAAAACCCGCCCUGGUUUAAAAAGACAUAAAACAUCACAUGAUCGGAAACCUCAAGAAACCAUUGUUUUGAAUGAUGAUUCAAUGAAAAAAGAAUUAAAUAACUGUGACUGUUGUGGUGAAGAUUUAGCUACUGCUCAUACGAAUGGUGAUUUUGAAUGUUAUGAUUGUGGAAACUUUUUUAAAUUAAAAGUCAAUAUGGAGCGCCAUCAGUUAAUGGUACAUUGUUGUGAUGACAUUUUAAACUGUCCCACUUGUGACUUCAAUUGUAAGGACAAAGAAACGUUAUCUCAACAUUUGUAUGCUCAUGCCGGAACUUUAAAACCGUAUUCAUGUCCCGUUUGCUUUACAUCAUUCAGUAGGAAAUAUCAUCUUGUACGUCAUAAUAUGCAAACUGGUUGCGAUGGUUCAGAAAAACCCAAAUUUCCUUGUCAAGUUUGUGGAAAAGUUUUUAACCGAAAGGAUAAUCUAAGAGAACAUUUACGGGCUCAUGCUGGUCAAACUAAAAAGAAACGUACUUAUAAUUGUGAAUAUUGUAAUAAAGAAUUUGUUGGCUCUGCAUUAUUAACAGUUCAUAGAAGAAGUCAUUUAGGUUACAGACCAUAUCAAUGUGAUUUAUGCGUUAAACGUUUUCCGUCCAGUGGAGCCAUGAAAAAACAUCGUAGAAUUCACACCGGUGAACGUCCAUAUGAAUGUCAACAAUGUUACGCUAAAUUUGCGGCCAAGGAAACUUUAAAUCGUCAUAUCAAAACACAUACCGCCCUUAAACCACAUUCUUGUGAAUUCUGUGGCAAGACCUUUAUACAAAUUUCACAAUUGCGGGCCCAUUUAUUCCAUCACACAGGUGAAAACGGUUUUACAUGUGAUAUUUGUGGCAAAUCUUUUAAUCGUCGUUCGCGUUUGACACUCCAUACUAGAUAUAUCCAUGAAGGAGCUCAACCAUUUAUGUGUACUGUAUGCAACAAGGCUUUACUACGAAAAGAAGAUGUACAGAGACAUAAUAUUGUUCAUUCUGGUAUUAAAGCUCAUGCAUGUCCUAUUUGUGACAAACGGUUUGCUAUGAAGUCUUCAUUAAAAAUUCACUUAUUAACACAUACAAAAGAGCCUCCACGAGCAUGUGAUGAAUGUGGUCGUGCAUUUAUCCGUCAAGAUUGUUUAUUACGUCACAUGCGUUCAAAACAUAGAGAUAUGUUAGCUGAAAUUAUGGCUGAUGCUGAAAAGAAAAAAUUAGAAGCUCAGCUUUCGGGGGUUGGGAAGAAAGAUAAAAAUGACCAAAACGAUUCUGAUGAAAUUGACAAUGAUAGAGAAGGUGACGAUGAAAGUAUUGAUGAAUUAGAAGAUAAUGGGUCAACCACAAGUGAAGAAUCCAAUCAAAACAACACUUUGGCAGAAUCACUAAUGGAAUUGCUGACCGUGUUAGUAGAUGAAAGUACACUUAAAGAAUUUGGCUGGCCAGGAACAACGGUUGAUCAUUUAAUUGAAUCUGUGAUAAAGAGAUGCGGUCACUCUCCUGUAGCCACUGAAGAUGCUUCAUACAUGACUAGACUUAGGGAUAAUUCAAAGCAAUUAUUUUCAAUUAUCAUUGAUGAUUCAGCUAUUCAAACACUACUCAGCAACCAAACAAUUGAGGAAGUUAUUGAACAUGUUUUAAAAUUGGCAAAAGCGUAG